GUGUGUGUGUGUGUGUGUGUGUCUCUGGCACCGGGGCCAGCGAGCAACGUCACUCCCUGACGGCGGCAUCAGAGCAGCACACAGGCGGACAAACCAUCCGCGCAGCAGCGAGACGCUCCGGAACUCGGCGGCGGGGCGGGCGGAGGAAGAAGAAGCAGACAACCAGCCAACGGCUCACUGUCGGACCGCCGACGACUACUACUACUUUCUGGAGCUCAGUAAGUAAAACCACGAGGAGGAACUGCAAGAUGGUGAUCACCAGCGUGGCAUCCCUCAGAAGGACAUCACUGACCAUGGAGACGGUGAACAGAUGUCUGCAGCAGUGAAGGUGCCCAAGGAGCAGACGGGAGACGAGGUAGUAACAGGUGCGGCGUGCCAAGGUGGAUUCGGAGGUGUCGGUGAGAGCUGAAGAUCAUGGGUAAAUCAAACAGCAAGCUCAAGCAAGAGGUGGUGGAGGACUUGACAAGGAAGACCUACUUUACGGAGAAAGAGGUGCAGCAGUGGUACAAAGGCUUCAUUAAAGACUGUCCGAGCGGGCAGCUGGACGCUGUGGGCUUCCAGAAGAUUUAUAAGCAGUUCUUUCCUUUCGGAGAUCCCACAAAGUUCGCCUCCUUUGUCUUCAAUGUGUUUGAUGAAAACAAGGACGGACGCAUCGAGUUCUCCGAGUUCAUCCAGGCCUUGUCUGUGACUUCUCGGGGGACUCUAGAUGAGAAGUUGAGAUGGGCUUUUAAACUAUAUGACCUUGAUAACGACGGCUACAUCACCCGAGACGAGAUGCUGAACAUCGUAGAUGCCAUAUAUCAGAUGGUGGGGAACACGGUGGAGCUGCCAGAAGAAGAAAACACACCAGAGAAGCGAGUGGAUCGUAUUUUUGCAAUGAUGGACAAGAACGCAGACGGGAAGCUGACUCUGCAGGAGUUUCAGGAGGGUUCAAAGGCAGACCCUUCUAUUGUUCAAGCAUUGUCACUCUAUGAUGGACUUGUGUAGGAACGUAAGAUGGAUCCAACGUCAGCAUCCGUUACACGCCAAAAAAAAAUCCCCCCC